AUGGCCCCUUACAUGCACCUCAACCAGAAGUCUCUCGCCUCUCGCAGCAACCGCAGUGGCUGCGGGCCGGCCGCUCGCCGGGCUGCUGCUGUGGUGCCGCCCUCGGCCACAAGCCGCCCCAGCCACGAGCAGCUGGUUCAGAACCUGCAGCGCGCCGGCCUCGCUGCCCUUGCCAGCGUGCUGGUCGCCGUGGCGCCACCCUCGGCCAUGGCCGACCUGAACCGUUUUGAGGCCGACGCGGGCGGCGAGUUUGGCAGGGGCUCUGCCGGCCAGUAUGGCGAGGCUGACCUGCAGGGCAAGGACUUCAGCGGUCAGGACCUGCGGCGCUCCAACUUCACAAGCGCAGACUGCCGCAAAGCCAACUUCAGCGGCGCGAAGCUGCAGGGGGCGUACUUCAUGAAGGCUGUCGCGUUCCGCACCAACUUUGAGGGCGCCAACCUGUCAGACGUGCUGAUGGACCGGUGA